UCAUUAUAUUCAAAUAUUCAUUUUAGGAGCCAGUUACCUAGUAUCAUCCUGAUCAGCAAACUGCCUCCGAACCCCUGAGCUUUUCAACAAAUUUGUCCAAGAUUGGCUCUCAAGAAUCAUGGACUGUUUUUCUAUGCCUUGUUUUCUGUCAAGACACCAUGAUUCCUGGUAACCGAAUGCUGAUGGUCAUUUUAUUAUGCCAAGUCCUGCUAGGAGGCAGUAACCAUGCUAGUUUGAUACCUGAGACUGGAAAGAAGAAAGUCGCCGAGAUUCAGGGCCAAGCGGGUGGAAGGAGGUCCGGGCAGAGCCAUGAGCUCUUGCGGGAUUUCGAGGCGACGCUUCUGCAAAUGUUUGGACUCCGUAAACGACCGCAGCCAAGUAAAGGGGUGGUGGUACCCGCGUACAUGCGGGACUUGUACCGGCUGCAGUCCGCGGAGGAGGAGGAAGAUGUGCAGGAGAUCAGCUUGGAGUAUCCCGAGAGACCCACUAGCCGGGCCAACACCGUGAGGAGUUUUCACCAUGAGGAACAUUUGGAGAACAUAUCCGGGUCAGCAGAGAAUUCAAGCAUACGUUUUAUCUUCAACCUCAGCAGUAUUCCUGAUAAUGAGGUGAUAUCGUCAGCAGAGUUAAGACUCUAUAGAGAGCAAAUAGCACAUGGCCCAAAUUGGGAAGAGGGAUUUCACAGGAUAAAUGUAUAUGAAGUCAUGAAACCUGUGGCAUCAAAAGAUGGACACAUGAUAAAUAGACUGCUGGACACAAGGCUAAUCCAUCACAAUGUGACACAAUGGGAAAGUUUUGAUGUGAGCCCUGCAAUUAUGAGAUGGACCCAUGAAAAACAUAUAAACCAUGGGCUUGCAAUUGAGGUUAUUCACCUCAACCAGACAAAAACUCAUCAGGGGAAACAUGUCAGGAUUAGCCGAUCUUUAUUACCUCAAGAGGAUGCAGAAUGGUCCCAGUCAAGACCGCUUUUAAUCACUUUUAGCCAUGAUGGCAAAGGACACGCACUGACCAGGAGGAUAAAAAGAAGUCCAAAACAGCAGAGAUCCCGUAAAAAAAAUAAAAACUGCCGAAGGCAUUCUCUUUAUGUGGAUUUUAGUGAUGUUGGCUGGAACGAUUGGAUUGUGGCACCUCCUGGUUAUCAAGCAUUUUACUGUCAUGGGGAUUGUCCAUUUCCCUUGGCUGACCAUCUGAACUCAACCAACCAUGCUAUUGUACAAACUCUAGUUAACUCUGUUAAUUCAAGCAUACCAAAGGCAUGCUGUGUUCCUACAGAACUGAGUGCCAUUUCCAUGCUAUACUUGGACGAGUAUGACAAAGUUGUUCUUAAAAACUAUCAGGAGAUGGUGGUGGAAGGGUGUGGAUGCCGUUAGAUAGAAAAAAAAAAUAAACAAAAAUAGACUGCUUAUUAUGGGCUGAACUAAUCGCAAUUCAACAUUCACCUUGACCUUAUUUAUGUGCAAAUGUUUUGACAAUAUGAUCAUAUAUUUUGGCAAAAUAUAUUUAUAACUACAUAUUAAAAUAAAAAAAAAAUAAAAUAAGUCAUUAUUUUAAACAUAA